AUGGGGUACGAUGGUCCAGGCCCUUCCAAAAAGGUCGAAGGGGAGAAGCCGCCAACGUGUAUAAAGAGGAAAAGUCUCCUCACCUUGGGGCUCUCACUCCUUGAAGGACCACAGUCUGACCUAAUCAGAGACCCUGCAGCCAGAGGGAAUGGCCCCCGGGACCCAGAGGCCCCCUUCCCAGUUUCUGCUCCUGAUAUCCAGGACCUCAGGUUUGGACAGGUCAAUCAGGUCUGCCAGGGAGGCUUUGGGGGGUCAAUAACAUUCAAGGAUGUGGCUGUGGACUUCACCCAGGAGGAGUGGUGCCUGUUGGACCAUUCUCAGAAAGAGCUAUACAGGAAAGUCAUGCUGGAGAACAUGCAGAAUCUACUCUUUGUGGAGGCAGAGACUAAUUUUGAUAUGAAGGAGAUGUCUACAAAGCUGAGCCUUUUUGUGGAAGGAUCUGGCCCUCCAAGAGACAUGAAUAAGGAUCUCUGUGACUUCAUUUUGAGAGAAAAAUGUGAUUCUAAAAUCAAGGUAAAUAAAAAUCCAAAGAUUGAUUGUGAAUUUGAUGAAAUUGCAGAGAAAUUCAACCAACAUUCAGUUCUAAAUCAGUAUAUGAAAUUGACCUCAGGAAAUGACUAUUGUUGGGAUAGUGAAUACAUCAAAUGCUUUCCUGAAAAAGUAGGAUUUCAUCAGUCACCUGAGAAACCUCCUGAAAUGUCUAUUUAUCAAGGUAAUGCAGAGAGAAUCACCUAUGGCUCGAGUUUAGACCUCACAAGACAUCCAAAGAGUAAACAUGUAGAGAUGUUUUCUGUGAGUAAAAAAGUGGUAAGAUCUUUCAGUCAGAACUCUGAGGUUGGUUCAUAUCAAAUAAUCCACUCUGAAGAGAGACCUUAUGAAUGUAAACAGUGUGGAAAGUCUUUCAAAUGGAGGGGGAAUCUUGCUCAGCAUCAGAGAAUCCACACUGGAGAGAAACCUUAUGAAUGUAAACAAUGUGGAAAGGCUUUCAAACGGAGUAACCAUCUUGCUUCACAUCAGAGAAUCCACACUGGAGAUAAAUCUUAUGAAUGUACACAGUGUGGAAAGGCUUUCAUACACAGGGUGAGUCUUGCUGCACAUCAGAGGAUCCACACUGGAGAGAAACCUUAUGAAUGUAAACAGUGUGGAAAGGCUUUCACACAGAAGGGCAAUCUUGGUACACAUCAGAGAAUCCACUCUGGAGAGAAACCUUAUGAAUGUAAACAAUGUGGAAAAACUUUUAUACAGAGGAGCUCUCUUACUGCACAUCAGAGAAUCCACACUGGAGAGAAACCUUAUGAAUGUAAACAAUGUGGAAAGACUUUCAAACGGAGGAGCCAUCUUGCUGUACAUGAGAGAAUCCACUCUGGAGAGAAACCUUAUGAAUGUAAACAGUGUGGAAAGGCUUUCACAGAGAGGGGCAGUCUUGCUAUACAUGAGAGAAUCCACUCCGGAGUGAAACCUUAUGAAUGUACACAGUGUGGAAAGGCUUUCACUGUGAAGGACUCUCUUGCUAAGCAUCAGAGAAUCCACUCUGGAGAGAAACCUUAUGAAUGUAAGGACUGUGGAAAGGCUUUCACAGAGAGGGGCCAUCUUGCUGUACAUCAGAGACUUCACACUGGAGAGAAACCUUAUAAAUGUAAACAAUGUGGAAAAGCUUUCACCGUGUGGAGCAAUCUUACUGUACAUCAGAGAAUCCACUCUGGAGAGAAACCUUAUGAAUGUACACAGUGUGGAAAGGCUUUCACUGUGAGUGACUCUCUCGCUAAGCAUCAGAGAAUCCACUCUGGAGAGAAACCUUAUGAAUGUAAGGAAUGUGGAAAGGCUUUUACAGAGAGUGGCUCUCUUACUGCUCAUCAGAGAAUCCACACUGGAGACAAACCUUAUGAAUGUAAACAAUGUGGAAAGACUUUCAAACAGAGUAGCAAUCUUGCUGUACAUCAGAGAAUCCACACUGGAGACAAACCUUAUGAAUGUAAACAAUGUGGAAAGGCUUUCACAGUGAGGGACUCUCUUGCUAAACAUCAGAGAAUCCACUCUGGAGAGAAACCUUAUGAAUGUACACAGUGUGGAAAGGCUUUCACUGUGAGAGGCUCGCUUAUUAAGCAUCAGAGAAUUCACUCUGGAGAGAAACCUUAUGAAUGUAUACUAUGUGGAAAGGCUUUCACAGAGAGGGGCCAUCUUGCUGUACAUCAGAGACUCCACACUGGAGAGAAACCUUAUACAUGUAAACAAUGUGGAAAGGCUUUUACAGUGAGCAGCAAUCUGGCUAAGCAUCAGAGAAUCCACUCUUGA